AUGACUACUAAGGCCCACGAAGUCGCACACAGGGAGCUUGACAAGUAUGUUCUCGAAAGGAUUAUUCGAAUGAAUAAUAUCCGCGAAAUUCGCCUAUACGGAGAAGCCGAGAUAGAGUCUGGGUCGGUCAAGAAGAACCCCGAUAACUCUUACGGCCCAGUCAGCCUCCCCGCAGGCCGCACGGAUAAAUGGCCCACUGUGGCAAUUGAAACAGGCUACACGGGAUCAAAGGCCAAGCUGGCUUGUGAUGCUAGAUGGUGGCUGAUCGAGUCCGGGGGCGAUGUGAAGACUGUCCUCACGGUCUUCGUGCACCAAAGGAAGAGGGAGAUCAUCAUUGAAAGAUGGCGGACGAUCGAUCGCCCAAUGAGGGAACAAGAGGGCAAAAAUGCGGCAGAGGUUGUGCAAAAAGUUGUUAUGUCACAGGUGAAAGACCAGCUGGUUCACAUAACUGGCGGACCCUUGCUCGUCCCUUUCGAGGAUUUGUUUCUCCGGCCGGUCAAUGCCAACGCAGGCGAAAGUGACAUCUCUCUUGAAGAUGACGAUCUCAAGGAGGUCGCAGGAGGAGUGUGGGAUGUUCAUACCAAGGUCUGA